GCGCGUCACGUGGGCGAGUCAGGUGACGCUGCGGGGCGGGCGGACAGACUGCGGGGCGGACGGUGGACCCUAGGACGCGUUUGUAGCUCCCGCCCCGCCGUUCCGACCCCCGCCGCCGUCGCCGCCAUGACGGGGCUAGCACUGCUCUACUCCGGGGUCUUCGUGGCCUUCUGGGCCUGCGCGCUGGCCGUGGGAGUCUGCUACACCAUUUUUGAUUUGGGCUUCCGCUUUGAUGUGGCAUGGUUCCUGACGGAGACUUCGCCCUUCAUGUGGUCCAACCUGGGCAUUGGCCUAGCUAUCUCCCUGUCUGUGGUUGGGGCAGCCUGGGGCAUCUAUAUUACCGGCUCCUCCAUCAUUGGUGGAGGAGUGAAGGCCCCCAGGAUCAAGACCAAGAACCUGGUCAGCAUCAUCUUCUGUGAGGCUGUGGCCAUCUACGGUAUCAUCAUGGCAAUUGUCAUUAGCAACAUGGCUGAGCCUUUCAGUGCCACAGACCCCAAGGCCAUUGGCCAUCGGAACUACCAUGCAGGCUACUCCAUGUUUGGGGCUGGCCUCACUGUAGGCCUGUCUAACCUCUUCUGUGGAGUCUGCGUGGGCAUCGUGGGCAGUGGGGCUGCCCUGGCCGAUGCUCAGAACCCCAGCCUCUUUGUAAAGAUUCUCAUCGUGGAGAUCUUUGGCAGCGCCAUUGGCCUCUUUGGGGUCAUCGUCGCAAUUCUUCAGGUGAUGCAUCCCCUUGGGGAGCUUCUGUGUCCUUGUCUCCAGCCUAGCCUUACUUCUGGAGUAACCUAGCCUUACUUCUGGAGUAACCUAGCCUUACUUCUGGCUCUCCUUCUGGAGAAGCCAAAGUGCUCUCCUCCUCUACCUAUAACUAUAGAUUCCCCCAAACAGCUUCCACCUCCUCAUUUCCAUCUGGUUUUCUCCUACAGGGGCUCUCUCUGUCUCUGAUUUGGUAUCACUGACAACAGCCCUGGUUUUUUUUUUCCCCUUUCUAAUGCUUUGUAUCUGUAUAGCUCUCACUUAGUCUCUCCCUCCUUCUGUUCUCUCAUUUUAUCUGCCAUGCUUUUCAUGUCUCCAAUCUGUAUUUGUGAUCUAGACUAGCAUGGAAUUUUGUCUGUCCAUAUCAGUCUGUCAUGGUGUGUUUGACUGUCUCUCGGAGCUAUGUGUAUCUCGCUGUCACAUGCCUGUCAGUAGGACAGCAUUGUCUAAAUUGUGUGUGUCUAGUCUGUCUGACAGUGUGUGUGUUUGUGACUAAGGAUCUGCCUGAGGGUCUGAGUGUGACUGUGGGUGCUUGACUGAGUUGACUCUUAGUGACUAGCUUUAUCCAUAUUGCCACUUCUCUCCGUCUGUCCCACAGCGUAACUCUGUGGUUGUCUGUCCCUGUCUGCCUUGUCUGUCACAGUGUGUCCAUCCUGGUUAGUCAUACAUCUCUUGUGGUCUGUCCAUCCACCCAUGUGCUAGGUCUCAUCUUCUGUCAUUUGUCACUGCCUUACCUAUUCCUCUGUCCCUGCCUGAUCUCUCCUGUUCUUUUUUUGCAGACCUCCAGAGUGAAGAUGGGUGACUAGAUGAUAUGUGUGGGUGGGGCCGUGCCUCACUCUUAUUUAUUGCUGGUUUUCCUGGGACAGCUGGAGCUGUGUCCCUUAGCCUUUCAGAGGCUUGCUGUUCAGGGCCCUCCCUGUACUCACCUCUUGCUGCGUGUUGAUUUGGAGGCACUACAGUCCAGGCCAAGUCCUCAGUGCGGGGAGCAGGCUGCUGCUGCUGACUCUGUGCAGCUGCAUACCUGUGUCCCCCACCUCCACCCUCAACCCAUCUUCCUAGUGUUUGUGAAAUAAACUUGGUAUUUGUCUGGGUCA